AAAACAACCAUUUCCUGUGCUCCGAGAGAGACAGUUAGGAAACAAAUUAACAGAAUCCCAUGCCAAAAAUAUAUAUAUCCGUAAAACAAAAACUUCCUAUCAGCUGCUGCCGGCCCCAGCCUCUCUCUCCCUCUGUGACUCACAUCCAUCUCUCUCUCUCACACACUAUUGAGCUCUCGGCUUUCAUCCUCAAGCUGCUGCAAGGAUAUCAGCACUUUUUACUCCUCAAAUUCAAAUUUGAAAUGCUCCUUCCAUAUCUGCAGGCUGCUGCACCUCUGCUCCUUGAGUGACUAUAACCGGCAAGCCCUUGGUUUGUGAGUGGAUAGAAAAGGUCCACAUCUGGAACACAUCAGUCUUGUUGGGGCGUGGGAAGAAGAGAGUCUGAUUUCCACUGUUCCUGGGGGCUCUUAGUUGGUGGGGUCCAGACGGGAAUGCAGUUGCAUCUUCGAGUGGAGGAGGUGGAAGUUGCAUUGCAGGAGUGUGGAUAGAGCAGAUACCGAACAUUGUUGGAUUCUCCCCCUAUUGCAUUUCCCUUUUCAUGGGACUUUUAAGCCAGCUUGGCUGGCAGUGCCAUUCUUGGGGGGCUCUCGCCUCUCAAAAUGAGUGGAGAUGUCCUCUAGCUGCUCCUGACCCUGUGCCGUGCAGCAGGGCUCGCCCUACUUAAGUGAACUUUUUUUUGGUGGUGACAGGCUAUGGGCAUGCAAAAACUAGUGGUGGUUGCUGUGGCGGUGGCACUGGUGUCCCUUAUCCUGAAUAAUGUGGCUGCCUUCACUCCAAACUGGGUAUACCAAACCAUGGACGAAGGACGCAAGCGUACUGUUGGGCUGUGGAAGAUGUGCUUGUCAGGAAGAGGGGUAAGCCCACGGCCCGGACAGGGAGAGGAGAGAGUUUGCCAGUCAGUUGGCUGGGGGUCAGAGCCAUCUGGCUUGCAGGAAUCCCGGAACACAGUCAAGUUGCAGUUUGACAUGAUGAGGGCCUGUAAUCUGAUUGCCACGGUUGCCCUGACUGCCGGACAGCUCAUCUUCCUUAUGGGACUCAUGGAGCUGCCCAUCAUUACCCAGGAUUCCCAGUGGUGGGAAGAAGCCAUCGCUGCUGUAUUUCAACUUGCAAGUUUUGUUCUGGUCAUUGGAUUGGUGACCUUCUACCGCAUUGGCCCCCACACCAAUUUAUCCUGGUCUUGUUACCUAGACAUCGGUGCUUGCCUUCUGGCCACUCUGGCAGCUGCUAUCCUCAUAUGGAACAUACUCCACCGGCGCGAGGACUGCAUGGCUCCCCGUGUUAUUGUCAUCAGCCGUACGCUGACCGCUCGCUUCCGCAGAGGCCUAGACAACGAUUACGUUGAGUCUCCAUGCUAAUGACAGCAAUGAACAGGCAUUGUCUGAUGAUAAUGAUCAUUAAUCCUUGUAACUUUAUCCAAAAAACAUUCAAUGAGCGUGCAAAUGAAUCCAUGAGUGUUACCUGAACAAAUCUGCAUAAUUUUAUUAAAGUGGAUGUAAA